CUGGAAUCUAAGUGUCAUCCGUGUGGACAGUCUUGUAAAAUUAACAGAAAAAAACAAACAGUUUUAAGCAAAGCGCAGAGCGAUUCAAACCCCGCCACUCUGACACAGAGGCGCUUCAGUGCUGGGACCGUUCCGAGGUGGUUUAGAAAUUACUAUUUGCGGUCAAUAUUUGAAGAAGCAGGUCAGUGAUUAACUGUUACAGCAGCUGCACAGGGUCCCAGCGCAGCGGCCACCUCAGUUACUCUGUGCCCCAUUCACAAUGCAGUGCGCCCGGGUUUGGAGAGGUCUGAAUUCCCUGUGCAGAGUAGGUCACCACAGAGCAUGGAAGCGAACCCAGAGCCACACAGCAGCUGCCAGGCUGGAUCUCAGCGGGAUUUAUCCGCCUAUUGCCACCCCGUUUACCGCCAAGGAGGACGUGGACUAUGAGAAACUGGAGGAAAACCUGCAGAAAUAUGCCAAGAUACCAUUUAAAGGUCUGGUGGUUCAGGGCUCCAAUGGCGAGUAUCCGUACCUGACGGAGGAGGAGCGGGUGGAGGUGGUGAGGGCGGUCAAACGAUCUCUGGGGGCAGGAAAGCUGCUGAUGGCUGGAUCAGGCUGUGAAUCCUCCAGAGCCACGGUCCAGCUCACGGAGAAGAUGGCAGCAGCCGGAGCCGAUGCUGUCCUUGUGGUAACGCCCUGCUUCUACAAGGGCAAGAUGGACAGCCGGGCUCUGAUCCAUCACUUUACAAAGGUAGCGGACAGCAGCCCGGUGCCGGUGGUUCUCUACAGCGUGCCGGCAAACACGGGGCUGGAGCUGCCACUGGACGCUGUGGUGCAGCUUUCUCAGCACCCAAACAUCCUGGGUGUUAAAGACAGCGGGGGAGACAUCACACGGAUCGGCCUGAUUGUCCACAAAACCAAGGCGCAGGACUUCCAGGUUUUAGCGGGCUCAGCUGGAUUUUUAAUGGCAGCCUAUUGUGUGGGUGCUGUUGGUGGAGUGUGUGCGCUGGCUAAUGUGCUGGGCCAGGAGCUAUGUGAGUUGGAGCGUCUGUGUGUGUCCGGGUGUUGGGAGGAAGCCAGAGUCCUGCAGCAGCGCCUUAUCGAGCCCAAUGCCGCUGUGACUAGGAAGUUGGGAGUUCCCGCCCUGAAACAGGCGAUGGAGUGGUUUGGGUUCCACGGUGGCUCCUGUCGAUCGCCUCUUCAGCCACUAACAGAGGCCGAAAUUCAGCAGCUGAGGCGGGACUUCUCCUCCAAUGGGUGGCUGUAAAGUGACCCAGGCACAGAGAGUGUGCAUGUGUGACUGAGUUCACUAUGCCAGGAAACCUAUUAGCUGUUCAGUGGAUCGGGUAUUGUAAUUAUAUCAUGGAGGGAACACACAGCUGCCCGUAAAAAUAUCAGAAAUUUACACAAGUAAAAGAAAAUUCAGUUCAUUCUAUUGUUGGCUAAACCCAGAGUGCCCAAAAAAAACCCCUGCAAAAUUCAGAAUAUUAUAAAAGCAAAGUUUUUUUUUCCAAAUUCAGUCUUCAGAAGGGUAAUAAAAACUUUAAAAUGUAAACAUUUCCAACUUCAAAGCUAUAGUUGAAAAAAACAAAACAAAAAUAUUUUAAUAGCUCCAAAUAGUUCAUACGGUACAGCGUAUUGGUUUCUGACACUAGUGGGUAAAAACCAGCUGGCAACUAUUGAAAACUGCAGCAUCUGAAAAAUCAAAUGCUGCUUUAUGCUAAAAUAAACCAGAGUCAGAAGUGAUUCUUGACUGCACGUCAGAGAGCAGUUAAAGUUAAAGUUGAUAUUCAGAGAAAUGUUAUAGACCAAAAACUGUAUGAAUAUGAAAUGUAAUAUGAAAUGUUUGUCCUUUAUUUUAAAUCUGAAGAGAAAAUAGAUUUCUUCGAUCAACUCAUCAUCUUUAUGUCAACACAUUGUUUGCUUUUUUGUUCUUUUUUUGUUGGACAGAGGUUAUAAGUAGAGACGCGCAGACUGUAAUUUACUUGGCCAAUUCUGAUUUUUGUCAAUAAUGAUUUUUGACACGUAAUUUUAGUCAGGCAGGCAAAGCAGUCAACAUACAGUACUUCAGUCAGUGUACCUCUUUGGUGAAUGAUACCUGUACUUUUUAGGUCUUUUAUUGUACUUAUAUUUAUCUAAAAUUAAAAUAAAUAAAUAAAAUAAAA